AUCCAGAAGCAGGGGCUGACUGACAACUCAUGGGGCCCCCGGGCAAUAGGGGAUCAUGGGGCCCCUGUGUCCUUGCCCAAACUCCACAAGCCUAUGAAAAAGGUACCAAGGGCAUCUCAUGGGGCCCCCUACUGACUCCGGGCCCUCAGGCAGUGCCAGAGUUUCCAAAUGGUCAGUCUGCCCCUGCCCAAAAGUGUUCAACGCUGAGCUGUUAGACUUCUGGUUCAGAGCUGUUAGACUCCUGGCUCAGCAGCUGCUGGCAUCAUGUCUGCACAUAUAGGAAUACUAGGAAAGCAAUGUUAUGUGAAUUUAUUUUAUUUUU